AUGACGUCAGCAAAGACGCUGUUGCAGGUGUUAUUGUGUUCGGUCAUUGGCAGAGUGUCGUCUGAAACAGACCAGAAAUUGCUCAAUAGUCGAAGUACUGUGGAAAGACCCUCGGAAAUGGAAUGCCACAAUAACGAGGAAGUAGCACGGUGGAUCAACGACCAGGUUCUACUCGAAAGUCUGACAAAAAUAAGGGGAGAUCUGCUAGAAAAACUAAAAGAAUUACAGAAAAAGGCAGAGCAGCUCUCCCAAAAGUUUCAAAAGGAUAAACAUGAGCUAAAAGAUAAGCAAACCGAAUUAGAGAAACAGUUGAAAGAGGUGGAUGAUCGCAUAGAAAAGUUGGAGCGUGAGGAAAGUUCUUCUACAAAUUCUACAAAUGGUACUGCAAGUUGUUGUGAAGAGAUUCAAAAGAAACUUCAUAAGCUGAUUGACGAAGUAGAAGCAGAGAAAAAUGAGACGAGGAAGAGAGCCAAUCAGAUAAAAGAACAUAUUCAGAACAUGCAAAAAGACCAGAAAGAGCAAGAUGGUCAAAUAAUAAAAAUAAAAGAAACCGUAGAGAUACGUGAUGAAACCUUAAAAAAGGUUUACAAGAAUUGUGAAAAGAACUGCGAGCCUGAUGGAGAAGAAAAAAAUAUAUGCAAUGCUGACCAAUUGGAAGCAAGAGUUGCAAGACUGGAGAAGCAAAUUCAGGAUCUUCUAAACCAAGAAGGUAAACUAACGACGGCCAUGGGCAUUAAGAACAACCAGAGCUUAACUCCUUGUAGAGGUUUGCAAGAGAAGGUAGCCCAGCUUAAAAAACUGCACGAUCAGCUGGAAAAUAUUCAAGCUGGCAAAUGUAAUUCCAAUAAGGAAUUCAAGGCGCGCAUUAAGGACUUGGAGCAACAACUGCAGGACCUGGAAGCUCAAAUGGAGAAGGCCAAGAGCUGUUGCAAACGCUUGGAGGAGCUGACUAAGCACGGAAAUGAGUUGCACCUAAAUCUUAAAAAAAUGAACAACAACUAUGGCUUGCGAAUGAAAGAACUAGAGAGCGAUAUGAAAGACUUGAAAGAUCGUCUCGAUGCAGCAAUGCAGCGAACUAAAGAUCUUAAUUCCACAAAACUAGGUAAUCAAAGCGAAGCCAAAGAUCUCAGAAAUCGAAUAGAACAGCUGCAAAAUUCGUUGAAUGAAAUCAAAAACAAUCUGGAAAAUCUUUCUCUGAAUGCUAGCGAUAUACGUGAGCAGCUCGAUAAGUUGCGUAAAGAUGUGGAGGAAAAAUUCGGAGACUUUAAUGGUCUGUUUGUGGCACAUACUGAGGCCGUUGAAGAGUUCACCAAAAAUAUUGAGAGCCGACUGGGUGAUCUGGAAAACCGCUUAAGGAACAAAUAUGACAAAAAACUGGAAGAGGUUCUUCAACGAUUGACGCGUCUGCAAAAUAUAUACGAUGAACUGGUAAGACAUGGCGAAAAAUUGUUGGAAUUUCAAAAGCGUAUCGACGAAAUGGAGAGCAAAUUAAAAUCUGCUUUAAGUAAGCUGCAGGAAAUGGACGAAAAAGUAGAAAAGUGCUCUAAAAUUUGUGCCAAUUCACCUCUACUUCAAGAAGUAUUAAGGCGCUUGGAGGCUCUGGAGCAAAAAGUUGCAGAUGGCAGUAUAUUUACGACACCAAAGCCUCCAAGACCGACCCAAAAGCUAUUCAUGACGUCAGCUUUAAUGACGAUUUCGUCUUUCGCGAAGUGUUGGUUGCUGCUGCUGCUGUUAUCGCUGCCGAGUGGCAGUGCGGCUUUUCGAUUGAAUCUGUAUGGCUGGUCCGGCUACUUCGUGCCGCAUGGAGUGGCGCCGUCCGCAGUCGCACCACGAAGCCAGACACACAUGACGGAAAAGGAGUGCCACGAUUACAAUGAGAUUGCGCGCUGGAUCAACGACGGCUUGGUACAGACGGCUAGACUGACGGACUUCAAUCAGCGUCUGGGGAAGAUGCUCGGAUCGCUGAAUGUCAGUGCUACGCAGGAGCAUUGUUGCUUCUAUGAGCCGUACACUAUGAAUAGAAUAUUCGAGGACAUCAACAGUUUGGCCAAGGUUAAUGGAACGACGAAACCAAGUGGGGACCUAGGACAAGAUUUGGACACCAUGCUGGAUGCCAUGAGAAAGCUUCUAACGAAGAGCUUCUCGAUUUGUUGUGAGCAGCUACACGAAGAAUUGAUGAGACUAAAAGAGGAUCUAUUAGCAAAACUAGAGGACUUGAAGAAAAAUGCAGAGCAGCACGCCGACAUGUCUGCAAAGGAUAAGCUGAAAUUGAAACAAAGGCAAGCCGAUUUGGAGAAACAGGUAAAGGAUGUGAUGGAUCGCAUGGAGAAGUUGGAGCAUGAGAAAAACACAACUGCGACCGAAGUUGCUGCCAAUGCGAAAUGUUGUGAAGAGCUAGAAAAGAGAUUGCACGAAUUGAAUGAGAAACUGCAGAAGGAAAAGAAUGAAGCGCAUAAAAAGGCUUCACAGGUAGAAGAACAGGUCCAGGACUUGCAGAGCCAGCAAAACCAGCAAUCGAGUAAAAUAGCAAACAUCAAAGAUACCGCCGAGAGACAUAAUGAGACAAUAGAAAACGUGUAUGAGAAAUGUGAGAGGACAUGCGGCCCUGAUAAAGGAAGUACAAACGCGAAUUUAUGCAACACCGACCAACUGGAAGAGAAAAUCACUAAGCUGGAAAAGCAGGUGCAGGAUCUUCUAAACCAAAUAAAUCAACUAACGACAGUGGCAGAAACUAACAAUGGUAAGAGGAACCACACUUUAAAUACCUGCACAGAUCUUCAAGAGAAAUUGGCCGAGUUGCCAAAGCUUUACGAGCAGUUAGAAAAUAUUCGAGCCGGAAUAUGUGAGGCCAAUGAGCAACUCCAGGAGCGUAUCAAGAACUUGGAGCAGCAGCUGGAGGACUUGCAAGCACAAUUGGAAAGGACCAAAGAUUUUUGCAGCCGCAUCGAAGGUCUGGCCAAGGACAGCGAGCAGGUGCGCCAGAAUCUUGUGGAAUUGAAUAACAGCUACGAUUCGCACAUAAAGCAACUGGAGGGCGAUAUGGGAGACUUAACAAAGCGUCUCGAUGCGGCAAUGGAGCUCCUCAAGCACCUCAAUGCCACAAGUCAGGUUGGUCAAGAUGCCGAAAAGGAUCUUGAGCAUCGUAUUGAGAAGUUGCAAGCCGAACUUAAUAAGACCAAACUGGAAUUGAAUCCUAUCAAGGAUAUUGCGAGCGAUUUGCUUGAACAACUCCAAAAACUACAGCAUGAUACAGAGGAACAAUUUGCCGAUCUGGCAAACAUUUUGAUCGCGCACAUCCAGGACACCGAGGAGGUAAACAGAAAACUCGAGCAACGAUUGGACGAAGUGGAAAAGAAACUGCAACAAAAAUAUAAUAAAAAACUGGAAGAGAUUCUUCAACGAUUGACCCGCUUGGAAAAAUUAUACCAGCAACUAAUGAAAGAUAUGAACGAUUUGUCGGACUUGGAGAAACGAAUCGAGGAGCUUGAAAAGCAACUUAAUGAUGCGCUGGAAAAACUGAAAGGACUGGAGGAUAAGGUGCGGGCCUGCACUGAUAAAUGUGCGGACUGGGAUAAGCUAAAUGAUAUUUUGGCACGAUUAGAGAAACUGGAGAAAUAUAUUAAAGAGCAGAAUCCGCUCGCAAUUACGCAUCGUCCUGCACGUAGAACAACAAAAAGAGUUAGUUGGGUUGGUGGAAUAGAUGCAAAUGAAGAUUUGCAAUACAGGAAACAUCCCAAUAUUGUGUACGAAUAA